AUGCCGAACUAUUAUAAAAGAAUACCUGGCAGUCGUACAUACCGAAAUUUUGCUGCAGAAACUUUGGAAAAUGCACUAAAGGAAAUCCGAAAUAAAAGUUUGAGUUACCGAAAGGCUUCAGAUAAGUAUGGUAUACCGAUAAGUACUUUAAGUAGGAAAAAAAACAACCUAAAUGUUAAACCCCACGGAGGCCAAACCGCUUUAACUUCUACUGAAGAAAAUGUUAUUGUAGAAACAAUAUUAUUUGCAUCUGAUUGGGGUUAUCCUUUUGAAAGGGAGGACGUUAAAACAUUGGUAAAGUCUUACUUAGAUCGUGCUGGGCGAAAAUUGAAGAUAUUUCAAGAUAAUAAACCUGGCGAUGAGUGGUACUCACGUUUUUUAGACAGAUAUUCUGAUGUUUUGAAACCUAGACUAUCUGAGAAUAUCAAAAGAUCACGAGCUGCUGUCUCAAGAACUAUCAUCAAUGAAUAUUUUAAUAAUCUUGAAUUAAGUUUAGAAAAUGUACCACCGGAAAACAUUAUCAAUUAUGAUGAGACAAAUUUUAUAGAUGAUCCGGGUAGAACAAAAGUUUUAGUGAGGAAAAAAACCAAACAUGCUGAUUCAGUAAUGGAUUCAACAAAGUCUGCUACAUCGGUUAUGUUUGCUGUUGAUGCAUCUGGUGUUAUGCUUCCUCCAUAUGUUGUUUACAAAUCCCUCCAGAUGUGGGAACCUUGGACGUUAGGAGGGCCAAAAGGAUGUAGAUACAACAGAUCACACUCUGGGUGGUUUGAUCAAUCAAUAUUUGAAGAAUGGUUUCAAACCAUAAUCAUUCCACAUUGCCGUCGUUUGGUAGGUAUAAAAGUUAUUAUUGGUGACAACUUGGCUAGCCAUAUUUCAGUCAAUAUUGUUAAGCUCUGUAAACAACAUGAUAUUAAAUUUAUAUUUCUGCCACCCAACAGCACACACCUGACUCAACCAUUGGAUGUGUGUUGUUUUCGUCCCAUGAAAAUAGCAUGGCGUAGGGUAUUAAAGAUGCAUAAAUUAAAAAAAAAAGGACCACUUACUAAAGAUGUGUUUCCGAAAAUUCUAAAAGCAACAUUAGAUAAACUUAAAAUUUCUCAAUCUGAUAAUAUAAAAUCUGGGUUUAAAGCUACUGGCAUAUACCCGAUAGACCGAGAUAAAGUGUUGAUUAAAUUACCCGGGGAUCCAGACUCGUCCUCAGCCUCUUCUAUUAUCCCACAAGUAUUGCAUGAUUUGUUUAAGGAAACUAGAUUUGGUUCUAACGAUGGACCAGCAAAGAAAUGCAAAAGAAAAAGAUUUAAUAUAGAGCCGGGCCGGAGUGUAACUGAAGCUAAUAUGUUUCAUGAAGGAGAAGACCUUGGACUUGACACAGAGCUUAAUAAUGAAGAAGAAUUAAACCCAAAUACUGAACUUAACCCUAAUGAGACUGAACUAAAUACAAUUAGUGAAAAAAACUAUGAGACUGAAGAAAAUUAUGAGACUGAAGGAAAUUAUGAGACUGAAGAAAACGGUGAGACUGUAAUUAUUAAUAUUAAUAACCUAAAAGUAGAUGAUUUUGUUAAGGUAAAAUUUGAAACUAUAAGAAGCAACUUUGAAGAAUACAUGGGCCAAAUUACUGAAAUAGAGGAAGAGAACAUACUAUGCCGGUUCCUAAGAAAGAGCCAAAGUAUGAGAGGAUGUUAUUCUUUUCCAUUCAUUAUAGAUGAAGCAUAUGUUACUUUAGAUCAAGUUGUAAAAAAAUUAAAGGUUCUAACAGAGAGAAGAGGUAAUUUUAAAUUUGAAUAA